UUUUGCAAACAAUCUACAGUUUUCUUCCAUCUGUAAGCUCAAAAACAUCCAUUCCGUCAUCAUGGCUGUCCAGCUCAAAAUCGCUCUGAUCCAGUUGGACAGUUUCCCAACGAAACAGGCAGCAAUCACAAAUGCCAUCAACCAGAUCCGUAUCGCCGCCAAGGACAAGGGUGCCAAACUCGUUAUAUUGCCAGAAUGCUGGAACUCCACCUACUGUACCAAGGAGUUCCCCCGGUCGGCCGAACAAAUUCCCAAUGGAGAAACAUCAAAAGCACUGUCGAAGAUUUCUGGCGAGCUGGGGAUCACUCUGAUCGGUGGAACAUAUCCAGAAGUUGAAAGCGGAAAGCUGUUUAACACCUGUCCCGUGUGGGGUCCCAAAGGGGAAUUCAUCGGAAAGUAUCGCAAAAUGCAUCUCUUCGAUAUGGACAUCCCCGGAACGUGUACCUUCAAGGAGUCCAGCGUUCUCACACCGGGAAAUGAGUUCCUGACAUUCAACGUUGGUGAAGUGAAAAUAGGCGUUGGAAUCUGCUAUGACCAACGGUUUCCGGAGUUGGCAACCGUCUAUCGAAAUCGUGGCUGCGAUCUGAUGAUCUACCCUUCGGCCUUCGACACCUACACAGGACCGAUGCAUUUCGAACUGAUCGCUCAGGCUCGUGCUUUGGAUAAUGGAAUGUUUGUGGCACUUUGCGCUCCGGCGAGGGAUACAACCAAGGAUUAUGUAGCCUACGGGUACUCAACGGUUUGCGAUCCCUGGGGUCGGGUUUUGAGUCGUGCCAAGGAAGGACCCGAGAUGCUGAUAGUGAAUCUGGAUAUGGGUUUGCGUGAUUCCAUUAGACGGCAGAUUCCGACUCAGAAACAGAAGAGGGCCGAUGUGUACGAAGUGGUGUGCAAGAAAUAAAACGUGUGUAGUAUGUUGUGAAAAUUUGUAUGAACAUGCAUCGCUACACAAUUUUAUUGAAAUGAGACUUGAGAUUAGAAGGGGCUGACACAUCAAUUCAAAAAAGGUUGUCAUAUGUGUUUAAAAGACGUGAAAUUGUAUACAAAAUAGGAAUAAUAAUAAUGAAUAAACAUCAUGGCUACUUUUGCAUCAUUAUGAAAACU